UCACCGGCCACUAAACCGUGAGUGUCUAACUCACUGUUCUUCAGUCUCUUAAAAAAAGAAAAAAUAUAUAAAAAAUACAAAACAUAUAAAACCUUCAUAAAAAACAAUCUCAAGACUACACUAAAGGAAAAAAAAUAAUAUAAAAAUCGCAUAUUUUACCGACUAUUUAUUUUCCUAUUUCUUUUUGUUUGCAAAACAAAACAGAAGGCCUCGGGCUUAAUCCGACGUUUAAGGAAAAGUGAUACCAAAGAAAGGAACUACUUUGAAGAUACACUGGAAUUACUUGCGUUCGGACCCUGUCAUUUCAAGCGGCAUUCAGAUUUUGGCGUGUGCGUAAAAGUUUCAUCGCGACGGACACACGGUUGUCUGGUGCCACCAGAGCAUCGUGUUCAGUCUUCUUUAACAGCUCGACUCGAAGACAUUAUUGCGCCGAACUAGUUGCAAUUUUCCAGGUUGUCCCUAGCAAAACGUUGCGCCCAAAUAUAAUCAAGUCCGAGAAAUGAACACAGCGACUGCGGGGAGUUAUCCGAUGGCUUCUCUUUAUGUCGGCGACCUGCACCCAGAUAUCACGGAGGCUAUGCUGUACGAGAAAUUCAGCCCUGCCGGACCGGUCCUGUCCAUUCGGGUUUGUCGUGACAUGAUUACCCGCCGAUCUCUUGGCUAUGCUUAUGUCAACUUCCAACAACCACCAGACGCGGAGAGAGCCCUGGACACCAUGAACUUUGACGUGGUGAAAGGGAAGCCCAUCAGAAUCAUGUGGUCACAGAGAGACCCGUCGCUCAGGAAAUCUGGAGUCGGAAACGUCUUCAUCAAGAACCUGGACAAGUCCAUCGACAACAAGGCCCUGUACGACACCUUCUCCGCCUUCGGGAACAUCCUCUCCUGCAAGGUGGUGUGUGAUGAGAACGGCUCCAAAGGAUACGCGUUUGUGCACUUCGAGACGCAGGACGCCGCCGACCGUGCCAUCGAGAAGAUGAACGGCAUGCUUCUGAACGACCGCAAGGUGUUUGUGGGCCGCUUCAAAUCUCGGAAAGAGAGAGAAGCAGAGCUUGGGGCCAAAGCAAAGGAGUUCACCAAUGUUUACAUCAAGAACUUCGGAGAAGAUAUGGAUGAUGACAGACUUAAAGAACUUUUUGACAAAUACGGCAAGACUCUGAGCGUCAAGGUCAUGACAGACCCCACAGGAAAAUCCAGAGGGUUUGGCUUCGUCAGCUACGAGAAACACGAAGACGCUAAUAAGGCAGUGGAGGAGAUGAACGGAACAGAGCUGAACGGCAAGACUGUGUUUGUGGGUCGCGCCCAGAAGAAGAUGGAGAGGCAGGCAGAGCUCAAGAGGAAAUUCGAACAACUCAAACAGGAGAGAAUAAGCAGAUACCAGGGCGUAAAUCUCUACAUUAAGAAUUUGGAUGACACAAUUGACGAUGAGAAAUUGAGGAAAGAGUUCUCUCCAUUUGGCUCAAUCACCAGUGCUAAGGUCAUGCUGGAAGAAGGGCGCUCCAAGGGCUUCGGCUUCGUGUGCUUCUCCUCCCCCGAGGAGGCCACCAAGGCGGUGACCGAGAUGAACGGCCGCAUCGUGGGCUCCAAGCCACUCUACGUGGCCCUGGCCCAGCGCAAAGAGGAGCGUAAGGCCCACCUCACCAACCAGUACAUGCAGCGCAUUGCCGGUAUGAGGGCCAUGCCCGCCAACGCCAUCAUCAACCAGUUCCAGCCCGCCAGCGGGUACUUCAUGCCUGCCGUGCCCCAGGCUCAGAACAGGACCACAUACUACGCACCCAAUCAGCUUGCCCAGAUGCGGCCCAACCCACGCUGGCAACAGCAGGGUGGCAGAGGACAAGGCAGUUUCCAGGGCAUGCCCAACUCUCUGCGCCAGCCUGGUCCCCGUGCCAACCUCAGACACAUGGCCCCUAACGCCACUGCCCAGGGCCCACGCGGCAUGCCUGCCGGGGCUCAGCGAGUCGGAAGCACUGGACAACCAGUGGGUCCUCGCCCCUCCAUGGGAGUGUCCACGCCUCGUGCCAUGCCCCCAUACAAAUAUGCCACCACAGUGCGCAACACACAACCGCAGGUGGUGCAACCCAUUGCCUUACAGCAGGCUCAGCCAGCAGUCCAUGUUCAGGGUCAGGAGCCCCUAACGGCCUCCAUGCUUGCUGCCGCUCCCCCUCAGGAGCAGAAACAGAUGCUGGGUGAACGCUUGUUCCCACUGAUCCAGGCCAUGCAUCCCAGCCUCGCCGGCAAGAUCACGGGCAUGCUCCUGGAGAUAGACAACUCAGAGCUGCUGCACAUGUUAGAAUCGCACGAGUCCCUACGCAGCAAGGUUGAAGAGGCUGUUGCUGUGCUCCAGGCUCACCAGGCAAAGAAGGAUGCCACCCAAAAAGUUGGAGUCAAUGCUACAACAGCAGCUGCCUCUUCAUGAUGUGUGUGAAGAACAAGUGGACCGAGACGAAGUCACGACUGAGGUGAAGACAUGGGCAUAAACUGAACAAUUAAAUAAAAAACGUGAAAAAAAGAGAAAAAUGAAAUAUAAAAAACGACUUGAAAUGUGUUACAGAUCUGAUGGCAAGUUCUGUGAUUAUUUUUGAUUGCAUACAGCUUCCUUAAAAGGCCAAAAUGGAGUUUUUCAUCUUUUAAAACCGAAACACCUCUAUGGUGGCCAGGAGGACAGGCAUUUUUGCUAAAGAGAAAAAAACCUAUUUUUUUUUUUCCCCUUCAUUUUGAGAGUUGUGUGUUUGCUGGUUUGAUUGGUUCUAUUGGAUUUUUUUCCAUUAACAUACAAUACCUUUGGAUGGUGUGUGGCAAUCUCAAUAAAAAGAUACAACAUCUGA